UAUGCCAUUCAGUUUUUAGGCCAUCAUCACUUUAUUAAGUCAUUAAUAGUUAUUGACGAUGUUGCUGUUAUCGGCUUAUCGCUACUGGCCGGCUAGUAUUAGGAUGUUUUUUUGAACUGAAAUUUUCUGGUUUGAUCUAAUCUGUUCUGGUCUGGUCUGGUAAAUUUAUGAUCUCUAUGUAUUUUAUAACUAUGUAGGUCUGAUCUGAAAAAAUCAAUAAUAUUACAGUCGAACAUGUCACUAUGGGCCUAUGACUGCUAGUGAAUUACAAGUAGGACCUGAGGAACAACAUGAUCUGAUGCCCAAUUACUAAUGAAAAACUAUAUCUAAAUGGAUCGCUACUCACUCACAAACUCUCUAGCUUUCUCUUUGGCAUGGUUUGCUGUGUCUUGAAACUCAACUUAGAGUCUCACCCCUUUAUAGGUAGUUAACUCCUUGGCCUGCACACCUUUUCAACAUUGGUUGUCAUAACAUUAUUUAAUGUACACUACAAAUUUAUCACGGAUUGACAGAUGAUUACGUACCAAAUUGUUUUAUUUGGCAUGCCUUUAACAUAUUUCUACCAAAUUCUCCAUAAAAUUUGACGAAUCUCUACCAACCCAUUUGUGUUUUUAGUGUAUUCACAAGUAGGAAGCUAGUGAUGAUCUGAUUUCCCAACAUCAUCAUCAUAUCAUCAUAAUUAUCUCAGUACCCCAUGAUGAUUUCCCAACGUUGUCCCAAAAUAUAGAGGGCUAGACAUUCACUUUAUUUCAUUUUUUCUAAAUGUAAACAUUGUUUUUUAAAUUUACAUUUUAAAUGUAACUCCCACUCCUCCGAAAUCACCCAACCAAAUUCGCGCCGCACGCGGUUUAAAAAAAGAUCUAUAUAUAAUUUCCUUCCAUGAAAGUUUUAGCAAUCUAAUAACAACUCUUUACAAGAUAAGUAAGAACAACUUAAAGUAAAUUAAAGUAGGAUUUGAGGAAGACAUGAAGCUAAGUGUAGUGUCAAGUUACAGAAUCCGAAUGACUUGUCAUGCUCGUCGGUGGGUGGGUAAUUAAAGUGGAUAGGAAAAAUUAAAGCAUAUCCUUCAAAUCAUGACAUAGAUAGGGCAGUAACAGUAAUUAAUUUCGUUAUCAUUACUUUAACGAACGUGGAUAUAUAAUCACAAACCAGUUUAAUCAAGUUAAACUUUCUUUAUUUAUCGUGUUGCCCAAUAUUGUGCACCUCAAAUCCAACACGUGUUAAUUGCACUUCGCUAACCUAGCCACUAAGCGUUAAAUCAAGGUGCUAAUUUUCGCUAAUAUUCUUUAUAAUGAUUGAAAGGUUGAUGCCAGCCCGGAUUAUAAUAAUCAGGAAAACAAAUUACAUUUAAAAAGCCAGAUAUGCUUACUGCUAAUCGUACAAUUAAAGUGAGAAAAAUGGUAAAGUGAAGGCGAAGUGAGAUCAGAGCCCAUUAUUAGAUCUCAAAAUCAAAAUAACCCUUCAUCCAGCUACUAGCCUCAUAAUUAAUUAUGAUUUCAUGUCAUUAAUCACCGGCCGGCCAACUGAAUCGGAAAUGAUGUCUUCCGGCGAUCACCACCACCGGGGGAGGAUGGAGCUCGUCGGCGAAGGGCCGUCGUGCUAUCGGCCCGUGGUUGCACUCCCGCCGCCGCAGCAACAGCAACCGGCUCAGCAGCAGCUGAGCCGGUACGAGGCGCAGAAGCGGCGGGACUGGAACACUUUUGGGCAGUACCUGCGGAACCAGCAGCCGCCGGUUCCGCUGCCUCGGUGCAACUACAACCACGUUCUGGAUUUUCUCCGGUACCUCGACCAGUUCGGAAAGACUAAGGUUCACUUACAAGGAUGUGUGUACUUCGGGGAGCCGGAGCCGGCGGGGCCGUGCACGUGUCCCCUGAGGCAAGCGUGGGGAAGCCUGGAUGCGCUCAUCGGACGGCUGAGGGCAGCUUACGAGGAGAACGGCGGCUUGCCGGAGAGCAACCCCUUCGCCGGCGCCGCUAUUCGCCUCUACCUCCGUGAAGUCAGAGAUUCUCAGGCCAAGGCUAGAGGGAUCCCCUACAAGAAGAAGAAAAAGAAGAGAAAUAAUAGUAAUAAAAAUCUUAAUAAUAGUAAUAAUAUUGCAUGUUCUUAAGUUUCGUAAUGACGAAAAAAUGCCUGCCUUUCAGAUGCAUUUAUCCUCUCCGCCCCUUCAAAUUCCCCAAGCUUUUAAGGUGAGAAUGGUAAGUUACUUUCCUCAUUCCGCCGUUUUAGAAUAAGAUGCAUGUGGUAAUGUGGUUUAAUUAAUUAUUUUUACGGAGUAUUAUUAGCGUUUAUAUGUUACCGAUUAAUUAUUUUGAUUAAUUAAUGAUGAUGAUGAUGAUAUUAUUUCAAUGCAACCUCACCUUGACAAUUAGUUAAUGGAUAGAUUAUGCGGAUUUUAUUGCUGUAGUUUUCCAU